ACUGAAUUAACCUGAAAAAAAAAAUAAAUAAAAAAUUCUGAUAAUUUUUCAAAGAAAAAAAAAAUUAAAAUAAAUCAAGUGACUGUAAAAACGUGUUAAAAAAAAUAUUUUUAAAAAAAAAUACAAAUUUUGUGUAAGAAAAAAAAUUGAAAGUCCGAAGCCGCAUGAACAACCGACGUCAAUUAUAUCAGUUUUAUCAGUAAAAAACAAUUAAAACCGAUUUAAUUUAAUCUACAAUCAAACUUUAGUGUCUCGUAUCUAUGUGCCAGCCCGUGUAAUACGCUAAACAGCAUUUUGAAUAGCAACAAUAGACUAUUUACUCGUGUAAAAUGUAAUAAAAAACGUGUAUAAGUGACUUGGAACACAAAAGUCAAAUAUUGAAAAAAUAAAUUUAAAUAAAAAAAAAAGUUGUGAAAAAUUAAUUCAAAAAUAAAUAAAAAUUAAAAAUAAACAAUCAAGAUGAAAAUGAACGUGAGUGACAGUAGUCCAACGACAGAGACGACAAAAUUCUUGGCAAAGGAGAAGAAAGCACUUUUGUUGACAUCCAACAGCAAUCACGACUUCAAGCAAUACAAUAAUGACAAGUUGCGGUUUAGCAGUGCGCCGUUGUUGUCUCUGGCUGAUGGCAAAAAGACGGAAGAAAAUCCCUCAAGUACAAAUAAUGUUCGGAGAACGGCGAUUUUUCGACAGUCCCUCGUGACAUGUGCAGUAUUAUUAUUAACCGCUGGCGUUGGCUGCCCAAUCGGCUACUCAGCAAUAUUCCUUCCUCAAGUUUACAAUUCCAGUGAACCCUCCAUCCAAAUGGACAUCGACAUGGCAUCGUGGUUCACAAGCAUUCAUUCCUUGGCAUCGCCCGUUGGAGCUUUCGUAUCAGGUCCGUUGAUGGAACGCAUCGGAAGACGUCCCACAAUGAUGUUUUCGGUAAUUCCGCUGACUGUGUGUUGGUGCCUCAUUGCGCUGAGCCAGAAUCAUUACUACCUGCUGAUCGGACGCUUCUUGGGCGGAUUCUCGACGGGACUCAUGGGAGCGCCGUGCCAAGUUUGGUUGGCAGAAAUUGCUGAUCCCUCCAUUCGUGGCAUCCUGAUUGGCUUGACUUUAGUGACGUACUCCAUUGGCAUCCUUUUCGUCUAUUUCCUUGGAUCGUUUUUGUAUUGGCGAUAUGUGGCAUGGGCUUCUAUUGUGAUUCCCUUGAUUGCGAGUAUCAUCAUGUACUUUGCGCCAGAGUCUCCCGUAUGGCUAACACGCCAUGGACAAGUCGAAAGAGCUUCCGCAGCAUUAAAUUGGCUUCGAGCCUCUGAAGAAGUGGGACAAAAAGAGCUUCAAGACCUGAUAACACGAUUUGAGAAAGAAAAAGAAGACACAAACACACAAAAUGACAGCAUUUGGAAGACAAUUUCGAAAUUAGCGACCAUCAAACCGCUCUUUAUCGUCAACGCAUUUUACGUUUUUCAAGUUUUCUCGGGAUCGUAUCUCGUUGUCUUCUAUGCCGUCGAUAUUAUUCAAGAUUUUGGCAGUGAAACGAUCAAUUCGAUGACAGCAGCGGUCUAUACAGCCCUCAUCAGGAUGCUUUUCUGCUUGAUGUAUUGUUUCCUCGUGCUAAAAAUGCAUCGCAGACCUUUGACAAUCAUGUCAACUGGAGGUUCGGGCAUCGCAGCGGGCGUUUUAUCAAUUUACCUGUACACAAAAAUCGAUCAACCGAAGACACAAAUGGACAUUUUCAUCACGGCGAUGUGCAUUUUGUUCUAUUUGGGCUUCAAUACGGGACUUUUAACCCUCCCAGGUAUCAUGACGGGCGAAUUGUUGCCGGCGAAAGUACGAAGUCAAGUAGCUGGAUCGAUCUUUUGCAUGUUCAGUUUGGUGCUUUUUGGUACAGCGAAAGUUUUUCCGUAUAUGAAGGAAUUUUUAAAAGUCCAUGGAGUUUUUGCCAUUUUUUCGGCAUCGUCGUUCCUGUGUGCAUUUAUGUGCUAUUGGUUGCUGCCCGAGACGAAAACCAUGACAUUGGGCGAAAUCGAGGAUUAUUUCAAUGAGAAAAAUUUGCUGUGGUCUAACAGACCGAACAAGGAAAAGGAGAAGAACUGCAAAGCAUGAGGCUUUUGUGAUAGUAUUAUUGCAAGAAAGUACCGCGAAGUACUUUUUUUGUGGCGUACAAGAUAUUUUUUUAGGAGUUAUUGCAAGUUGUUAGUCAUGAAAAUAUUCCUUUUUAACGAUAAUUUUGUAAUUUUACGUUUUUAUCAUAAGCAUUAAAGUUGAAAAAUAAAUAAAUUUUA